CGCGUCUCUUUCAUCCUCAUCUUCAUCCUCCUCUUCAUCCUCAUCUUCAUCCGGGAAAAACAGAAACAAAUAUAAAAUAUAUAGAGAAGAUAUUUUUUUCAGGCUUCAAAUGUCGCUGUUCCGGACCGGAAUUCCUCUUAGACCGGAGAGUUAAAGGGAUCCGAUUCCACCAUGAGGCUGGGUUCUGCUCCGGUCCUGGUUUUCCUCCUCGUCUGUUCCUCAGCAGCAGGCGGUACGUACAGAGCUGCAGUAGGUCUCCAGGCUCCUGACCAACCGCAGCUCUUGAGUUGUCGCUCGCCUGAGAAGGAGACGUUCACAUGUUGGUGGGAAACGGGAGACGCUGAGAGAGAUCUGAACACCAGCUACGCUCUCUACUACAGCCUGGAGGGAUCAGAUAAGGUGUAUGAGUGUCCAGAUUAUAAAACAGCAGGACCGAACUCGUGUUUCUUCAAUAAGAGUGAUACGUCACUGUGGGUGAAUUAUAACAUCACCGUUGUGGCCACAAACUCCGUGGGCAGCAGAGUGUCCGAGCCGUUUGAGGUGGACGUGGCCCGCAUCGUUCAGCCCAACACCCCUGAGAGAGUGGAGGUGGAGGUGAUGGAUGAUGGAGAGAUGAAGGCUCCGUUCCUACAUGUGACGUGGGAGAAGCCGCAGUCAGCAGACACUCGCUCUGGCUGGAUCACACUCAUCUACCAGCUCCGCGUUAAACAGAUCAGAGGAGACACCUGGGAGGAGUACGACGCAGGCAUGCAGAAGUACUACAAUGUCUUCAGCCUGCUCUCCGGUAAAGAGUACAUGGUGCAGAUUCGCUGUAAACCGGACCACGGCUUCUGGAGCGAGUGGACGAAUCCAGUCUAUGUGCAGAUGCCUGAAUUCUUGGAUACAGAGCGCUCUGUGUGGAUCCUGGUGGCUGUUUUUUCAGCCUUCGUCCUCCUCAUCCUCACCUGGACUGUGAACCUUAAGCGGAACAGUGUGAAACGCUGCCUGCUGCCUCCUGUCCCUGGACCCAAAAUCAAAGGCUUUGACCAGCAGCUGCUCAAAAGUGGUCGAUCAGAGGAAGUGUUCAACGCGCUGGUGAUCCACAGUUUCCCUCCAACCAAGUACGAGGAGCUGAUAGUGGAUUAUCUGGAGGUUUGCGACGACGACGAGACACACGACUCGGUUUUGGAGUCCAAAGAUCCGCACGUGGCGUUGGUGAAGUAUACCAGCACAUCGUCGGACAGCGACUCGGGACGAGGAAGCUGCGACAGCCGAACCCUGCUGAUGGACAAGGGCACAGGGGGACGGAACGAGGGCAGAGCCAAGCAGGUGGGCUGGGGUUCUGCAGGGCACAGUUCUCCGAUCAGAGGAGAAGGAAAAGGCCGGAUGUGGAAUAACGUCUUCUCAUCUCCUCAGCUGCAGUCUGAGCACCACUAUUAUCAGCAGGACCUCCAUUUCCAGCAGCCGCAUGACUCCAAAUGCAUCUACCACAACAUCCCAGAGAUUUCCUGCAUCUCCUCGUCCGUGCACAUGAGCAGAACCGUGGAGAAUCGUCUGGAGGAGAUUCUGAUCAAACCCCGGGUCUGCGGACGGUCUCAGACUGACAGCACGGAUGCCGUUGUGACCCGGUCCACCAAACCUCAACCCACGGAAUACGUAGAGGUCCAGACUGUGGAUCAGGAAAACGUCCUCCACGUCCAGCCACUCUCCGACCCAGAGGAGCGAAAUCAGGAACUUUCAGACUCCUCACCCAAUGAGAAUUACAGCAAGGUGCGAGACGUGAUCUCGGAUAAUCUGCUGCUGCUGCAGAGGGAUUUGAGCAGUGCACCGCAGGAAUGCCAGUGUCAAGCAAAUCAUCAGGAGAACCAUCAGACCUGUAAACCCAGCACCAUCCUGUCCUCAUCCUCCAUCCUGCAGCUAGGGAACGGAUAUGUCGACUCAACCAUGAUGAUUUCCUAACGUCUCUGUUUAUCGAGUUCCCAUCGGAAAUAAGAGCUUUCACGAAUCAUUCCUGGGACAAGGAAUCUCUUGAGCACCAGAUGUUCUGAAAGAUCAACUGAGGUUCAGAGGAGAACGUCUGUGCUACAACCUCAUGGUGAUGGCUCAUGUCUUUGGUCGCUAUCAGGUUCUGUCGGAUUCUACCUGGUUCUGUCGGGUCAGUACUUUCUUUGGAAAAGACCAUGGUUCUUUCACAGUGUAGACUCGUGCUGACCGUCUGUCUUAACCAAUCAGUAGCCUGAAGACUGAAGAUGUUUCAGUGACUCUAUUCAUCCUGAUUUUUAUACUCGAACUCGAUUAGUGACUUAUUUACUUAAUGUGAGACACUACAGGCUUAUCAAAAUAAGUGUCUAGUUAGAUAUGCAUAAAUUUGCAUAUUUAAUAAGGUUGUAAACCUCAGGCUUCCACGCAAUAUGAUACGAUACAAUUCAAAUUAAUAAAAAAACAAUUACAUAUUCAGUAAAAGCACAAAAUCUGAAAUGAUCACGAAACCUGAACAACUUUAUCCUGAACAGUGACGACAAAUAAAAAAGGAUUUAUUUUUAUUUUCUGUUCUGAGAGGCCAAAUCACCUUGCUAAUGUGUUUAAUUAUUUAUAUGUUUUUUAAAAAAUAUUCAUAAUUAUGUGCUUUAUCUGUUUAUCCUUUUUCAAUAAAUUCUUGAUACAAAACAUAAAUAAUAAAAAAAACAUUUAUUUGAGUAAAAAAAAGUAUUAAAAUUAGGGAUAAAAAUAAUAUUUCAUCAAAUUCUCCAGAAAAAAUAAAAAAUUAUCUUUAUUGUUUAAACCAUAGUUAUAGCUUAUUAUCAGACCAAAUCUAGAAAAGUCUGAGAUUUCUGGGUCUGAGUUGAUGGAAAUGUCAAAUAUUAUGACCUGUAAAUUGAGUCUUUUCAGAGAUAUCUGGCAUGACGGGAUUGUGACGUGGGCAGAGCUUAAAGCCUUAUUCAAAUACACUAAGGUUCUGUGGUCCUGAGGUGAACCAAACAACAAAGAAAUAAACACUGGAUGUAUGUCAUAAAUGCAGUUUGUGCAAAAAUUCGGACGGGUUCCUCCUGUAGUGUCUUGCGUUAACCGUCAUCUCUGUGUAUGAAAAAAACACUGGAGACGUUCUGAAGUUCCUCAGACACUGCAUAUAACAUUUUUAAUUUAAACACCAAUCAACGAUGCACUUCAUCAGAUGCUCCUCUGCUUCAUCCACGCAGGAACAAAACUCUUAAAACGCUCAUUUCGGUAAGCGUGAAGGUUCAAUGAGAGAGAAACCUGAACUUGAGGAGAUCUCACGGAGAAGGAACUCUAACGAGGUUAGAACCUUCAAACACACGGCACUUAAAGCGUCUGGGUUUGAUCCCAGAGCUUCUGCUUCUACAGCAAGGACCUGAAUUGCUGGAGUUUUUGGUUCUAGGUACUGAUUUAUGGUUAUUUGCACUGGACUAGAUGUCUUAUGAUGUAAACACAGCUAAUUUUUGCACAAAUCUUGAUAAAUCAAGAUGUUUGUACUUCAUAACCAUAGCAGAGGCAGUGAUAUGAUGAAAAUAUACACAAAAAAAUGAUAUAUAGGACUGAUUAUACCUGCUAUGUCAUUGAAAACACAUAAAAAACAAAUAAUACGACAAUAGUGCAACAUUUUUAACAUCUCGUUCAUCAUUAGAUUAGCUAUCAUUAGCUAUCAUGAGAUCAAUAUUAUUAGAUUGUGGUAUUGUCCAGCCCUGAACAUUAGACGCUAAACAUUUAAAUCCGAGCGAUCUGUGAGCUGGAGACGAGCUGUGUGAUAUUUCAGACUGAAUUAACAGCAAAAAGCUAACGUGGUAGCCUGAGAGAGAAGGUUAGCGAGCUAGCAUUGUUUUAGAAAGGUUCAUUUUGAGUUGUUUAUGGAACAAGGAUUAAAUAAAUCAGUAUGUUUCAGUGAGACCUAAUCAGUUUCAAGCUGAUUUUUUAAUGCUAGAAGACAGUAGUGUGCUCUGUGGAAAUGUUUGUGUUCAUAUUUAAAGCUCUGAUGUUGACUGUAAUGAACAGAACCGCAGUUAAUCGUCUAUUAAAGUCGUUAAUGAUUGUUAUUUACACUAGAAUGUAGGUAUUAAAGACACUAAAUCCACUCGGCUGAUUUGUGAGUCACGGAAAUGCAUCGUGUUCAAGAUUUCAACAUGUCCUUCAGAUAUUUAUAUUGAUUUCACACCGAAAAUCAUUUUGUGUACAGAUCCAUUUUGUAUUACUGACACGAAAAAAACCCAAAACUGAAAGGAUGAGUGCUCAGACGGAAAGAGCUGCUUCCUCGGAGAAUCCUCUCACCCACUGAAAAGCUUUCCUUUGUUUGUUUUUUUUUUCGUUGCUGUGUGUUUUUUCUGUCACUUCUCUUUCGCUUAAGUCCUCUGAAACACACUCCUGACCGGUCAGCGUCGGUCAGAGGAGCUGUAUAAGUGGCACUGUUCGUGAUAUAACACUCAUUUACGGUAAACACCGAGUCUGGGGAUGAGCUGUUGUGACUCCUGUGAUGUUCUGUUUUGUGUGAAUCAUCUUUACUGAUGUUUGUUGUGAGCAGCACAAAGUGAAAAAAAUAAUAAAAGUGAAAAAAAAAACUUUUA